AGAAAAGGGCCGACCUUUCCAUGGUCAAAACGAUUCGAUUCUCGUGCAAAUUAUUCGCUUUUUAAUGGCGUAUAAAGUGGAUCAAGAAUACGAUUAUCUGUUCAAGAUCGUGUUGAUCGGAGAUUCGGGCGUGGGGAAAUCCAACAUUCUCUCCCGAUUCACACGAAAUGAGUUUUGCUUAGAGUCCAAAUCCACCAUCGGUGUCGAAUUCGCCACCAGGACUCUCCAGGUCGAUGGCAAGACGGUUAAGGCUCAGAUAUGGGACACCGCCGGGCAGGAGCGGUACCGCGCCAUCACGAGCGCUUACUACCGAGGCGCGGUCGGGGCGUUGCUAGUCUACGACAUCACCAAGAGGCAGACGUUCGACAAUGUCCACCGGUGGCUCCGCGAGCUCCGCGACCACGCCGACUCCAACAUCGUCAUCAUGCUGGCCGGGAACAAGUCCGACCUCAACCACCUGAGGGCUAUCUCGGCAGAGACGGCGGAGGCCAUGGCCGAGAGGGAGAACUUGUCGUUCCUCGAGACGUCGGCGCUGGAGGCGUUCAACAUCGAGAACGCGUUCCAGAAGGUCCUGCUCGACAUCUACCACAUCAUCAGCCGGAAGGCGCUGGCCGCGGAGGAGGCGGCCUCGAACCCUGGGGUGCUCCCUCACGGCACCACGAUCAACGUCGGGAAUUUCUCGGGUAAUUUCGGCAAGAGAACUUGCUGUUCAAAUUGAUGGUAAAGUAGAAGUCAAAUUGGAAAAGAGAGAAUGCUACAUCUACUAAGAAAAUCUUUCCAAAAAGGGUGGGAAAAGAAAUUCUUUCUAUUUGUCGACCCAUACAUGAAAUUGGAAAAAAAGGGUAGAAGAACAGUCCCUUUGUUAAGCUUCUAUUUGUUGAUUUCUAUGUAUAGGAAUCAGUUUUGUUAGUUGGCAAAAUGUUGCAUAAACGAUAUCAUCAUGAAAGAAAACAAUAAAUGAAUGUUUCAAACUUUUUUUUUUAAA